AGCCUGCCCGCGCACCCCGCCAUACAACCCCGACCGUAUUUCAGCCACGACCGACUAAUAAAACGUGAUGAAAACUCGCAAUCGGGACAUAAACGAGAUAUAAACCAUGAACUUCGCGCCGUUUACCGGACACAUUCCGUCGGCGACGGCAAUACCGACCAUUCAUCAGUUCGCCGCCAAGUUCGGGUACGAGGGCAGCGGCGGUGGCAGCGUGGUGCAGGAGACACGUUACCAGGCCUCGGGCAGUGGAGUGCAGUUUGCGGUGGCACCGGCCGCCGGCGUUGCUGUCGAUGGGGUCAAAUUCAGACAAGCCGAGAGUGUGGUGGUGGUCAGCAACGCUCAGCCAGGGACGGUUACGUUGGCGGGAAUCGCGCCUAUACAUAGUGUAAAUACAGGAGUUAAAUACCAGAGUAUAACGGCCACCUCUUCAACCGUGAACGUGGGUAACAUCGCGUACGGAGGUGGAGGGCAAGUAGGCUACGUGCAGGAGACGGUGCUGAAAGGAGAACAACGUGACAAACGGGAGUAUCGUGAAGAGCUGCACCAUGAUCUAAUGGCUUCCAUGAUGCAACAACACCAGGUGUCGCAAACGCCGUUGCAACAAGGCACUCAGCAACUGCUGGUUGUGCUGCAUGAGCCAAAGGAAGGUGCGGCACUCGCACGAGCUAUCAAGCAGGAGGGACGCAACCACAGGGAUCUAACCGCGCCCGCUGAGUUCAUCAGUAUAGGCGAUGUAACAGAUAGUUCGACAUGGCAGACAUUAGGUGGCGGGGUGGCGGACUAUCUGUCCGCGCUACCGCUACCGCUGCACCACUUGCUGAAAUACUCAACUGCUGCAGAUGGCAAGCGAGAGGAGCCCACCAUCGUCACCGUCGCUACCAACUCAUUACCACCGAUUUCUACAUUGACUUCGGUUCCGACGAAUGUAGUGAAUAGCGUCGUGGUUCAAACAGCGACGAUCGUAAACCCGACUACGACUCACACAACACAGUCGAACCACUCAGUCAAUGUGAACACCAUCUCGAUCUCUAAGAAGAAAAAGAAGAAGAAAGCGCUUAAAGAGAAAAAACCCCGACCGAAACCCGGGGAGAUAAGACUGACGACUGCACUUGACGGCAGCACGUUAUACUGCUGCCCGGAGUGCCACAUGGCGUAUCCCGAACGAGGUCUUCUAGACCAACAUCUCGUGGGCCAUACAAUGGAACGAAGGUUCAUCUGCGACAUCUGUAAUGCUGCGUUGAAGCGUAAGGAUCACCUCACACGACAUAAACAGUCACACAACCCGGAGCGGCCGCACGUUUGCUCCGUGUGUCUGAAGGCUUUUAAGCGCAAGGAGCAGCUCACUCUACACUUCAUUAUACACUCGGGCGAGAAGAGGCACGUCUGCAACGAGUGCGGGAAAGGUUUCUACCGCAAGGACCACCUGCGCAAGCACACGCGCUCGCACAUCGCGCGCCGCGUAAAGGCGGAGCUGUCGCAGCAGGCCACCGCGCCGCCGCUCUCGCAGCAAUCGGUACCCGCGCCGCCACUGGAGCCUUCUUGACCCAACGACGAAAAGAAUGACUUACUGACUCUUAUCGCAGCCGCGAAAGACGCUUUUUGACAGUAGGCUGUGAAGGUAUAAUCAGCUAUUAAAAAGGAAAAGAAAAUACGAAAAAUAUUGCCAGAAUAUACGAUUCCAAAAGUCAAGACCAAAAGAGUUGGUUUAGAAAUAGAAUAAAUUGUAUAAAAUUGAUUUCCAUACUUACGAAGGGAACUGAUUUCAUUUAAAAUGUUGAUUGGAAUUGGACUUAUUGUAAUGAAAAGGUAACAACAAACUCGCAAUAUUUUUGUCGACGCACACUACACCCGAUAAAAAUAGUUUGAAACUCCUAAUUUUAUAGCUCAUGGGUCAACUUAAGAUUUAGUUUGUUUUACAAAAAAUGAAAACCUGCCGGUUUCAUUCUUGAUGUAUAUUUUGUAUCAAAUAUUAUUUGAAAUUCGCUUAAAUUUUACGCCCCGCCUCUCGGACAUAUUCAUAACAAGAUUUCACGUAAGUUUUAUAUUUUCAUUUCAACUAUUUAGUAAUGUUGUGACUUUUCGUUAAUCUUUAUCCAAUUACAAAUAAAACAGGACUUGUUAAAGUUUUUGUAAUUGUGGAUAAUUAUAAUUUCAUGAAUACUAAUCUUCAACGUAGUAUAGUGAUUAGUGUUGUAAUUUAAAAUGUAGUAUUGCCUUUUAGAAUAAAUAUUUUCUUCGCUCUUGAUAUGAGUGUCGGGGAUUAAAAAUUGAAGUUUAGUAAUUUUGUUGAAAUAAAAACGUUAAACAGAUAAGUAAAACUCAUUUCAAUAGGUAUAAUUCUGUAAAUAAAAUAUAUUAUAUUCAUAUGUAAAUA